AUGGCGUCUAUUGCCCAAGCCCCGAGGAUCCCGCCGACCAUGCGUGCCUGGGUGCGCCCGCGACGUGGCCCCGCAUCCAGGGCGCUGAAGCUAGACCCCAGUUUCCCCACGCCAGCCGUGCCGACGGGAUCUUCGCCCGACGUUCUGAUCCGCGUGUCGCACGUGUCGCUACAGUUUAGUACCGAGAGUUUAAUGAAAAUUCUGCCCAAACUGCCUCUCACCGGUCCAUGGAUCCCAGAGCUCGAGCUGUCUGGCGAGGUGAUCGUGGCGGGUGAGGGCGUCCCGCCUGAGGUGCGCGACCCGGGCACGCACGUCGUCGCCUUUCAGAACAUUGCCGCCAUGGUCAUGGGCCACGGCGUGCUAGCGGAGUACGUGCGGCUGCCUGGCAGCCAGGUCGCGCGCAUCGACGCCUCGGUUGACAAGGCGUCGGCCUCGGGCAUCAACGGCGCCGGGAGCACCGCGCUCAAGAUGAUCCGCACGGCGGGUGUGCGCGAGGGACAUACAGUGCUAGUCAAUGGGGCCAGCGGGUCAGUCGGCUCGGUGCUCGUGCAGCUGUGCAAGCUGCGCGGUGCUAAGGUUGUCGGCGUCGCUAGCGGCGGCAACGAGGCCAUGGUGCGCAGCUUAGGCGUAGACGAGUUCAUCGACUACCAUAAGGAAGACCCGCUGCCAGCCUACCUAGCACAUAAGUACAGUGACAAGCCGUUUGACUUUGUGCUCGACUGCGUCGGCACGCAAGCGCUCUUUGUCAACUCGCCGGCCUACCUUAAGGCCGAGGGCGCUGUGGUCAACAUUGGCGCGCUCGAGGGAAUCCUUGUGACGGCGCGCAACGCUCUGGUCAACCUUUGGCUGCCGACCUGGCUAGGCGGCGUGCCGCGCCGCUACAUCAUGUUUAGCACGCCGCCGGCACGCGACGACUCUGUCUAUCUAGCACACCUGGUGGAAGAGGGCCGUCUGCUUAUCCCCGUCGACUCCAUCUUCAAUAUGGAGGAUGCAGUAGAUGCCUACGAGCGCAUCGCCUCCAAGCGCGCGCGCGGCAAGGUCGUGAUCAAAGUGCGCAGCGACUAG